AUGCAGGAUGGUAUCCUCAGAUGGCUGAACACUGAGAAUAACGAGUGGGUCUGCCCGGAGCAACUUCAAGAGAUGGCUCAAAAGGACAUUGCGAGCCAGCAAGCAAGGUCGAAGCAGUACUUCGACAAGCGUCACUUCACAGCGGACAAGUUGAGUGUUGGAGACAUAGUGGUCAUGCGCUGCGUUCCAGAGAACACUGGUGCCCCAACAAAAACCCAGAAGAAGUUCAGAGGUCCACUCACUGUGAUAGAAGUACUUCCAGCAGACACCUACAGAGUGACCGAGAUGAACGGAAGGAAAAGGGUCUACUCGACAACUGCCCACAUAAGCCAACUGAAGAUGCCAGGAACACUUCGACCAGUCAAGCUCCGACGAGGAAGAAAGCGUGCCGAGACACUUGGUAUCGUCCAUGUGCAUUGCACGUGUUUCCGGAGUCAAAAGAAAAGUGGCCGCCCCUACAACGUGCAGCUGUCAGUUCACAGUGCCACCGGUGUGCCUCGUACCACUACCUGUGAAUGCCCUGCAGGAAAGAGUGGAGCCUGCAGCCACAUCCUAGCAGCAGUACGCCUGCUAGCCCUGCUGAAGCAGCAAGGAUUUGCAGAGCCACCACCAGAACUUUCCUGCACAGAGCUGCCUCAGCAGUGGAGACGCCCGAGACAGAAAGGCAUAAAGCCUGCAAGUGUUCUAGACGUAGACUGGCGAGCCCCACGAGAAGGUGGUGUGCAGUUGCCAGUGACUGCUCGCCUUUCAGAUGCAAGCUUGGACUACCAAGAUGAAGCUAGCCAAGUAGCCGCAAUCCAGUCACUUGGUGCGGAGCUGGAGUCACUGGGUGACUUUCCUUUUGCCGCUGUCUUACUGGACGUGCAGGCUCCUCUGGUGAAGACAAAGGCAGGUCUUGCUCCAGCAGACUCUCCACUGACAUACCAGCAGUCGGACAGGCCGCAUGAUUUUAAGACGUGGAUGUCGUCAACCAUAGCCCCUGGUGCAGGCACCAGUUGUGCUGUCCCACGACUGGCGCUUUUCACUGGUGCAGUGCAGCACACAUUUCCUGAUGCCCUCACAGUUGACGAACAACAAAUUCUGAUGCACCUUCAACUUGCUCCUGAGGAAGCCCAGGACCUAGAAGCGAAUACCAGGCAGCAGGCCCUGAGCGACAGAUGGCACUCGGCACGACAUCACCGCCUCACAGCGUCCACCUUUGGCAGGGUGAUAAAGCGGAAAGAAUGGACCGAGAAAGGACUAAGGAACCUCUUAGACCCAAAGGAUCUGUCCCGUGUACGGGCUAUACAAUAUGGAAAGAUAAAUGAGUCUGUUGCAGCAGAGCGGUAUGCCACUACAAUGAGAGCUGCAGGACACAACGUGACCCUGCAACAUUGUGGCCUUGCUGUGCACCCUAGCUGUCCAUGGCUGGGUGCAAGCCCGGAUAGGUUGGCCUUUGACCCCGAAGAAGGCACCUAUGGUGUGGUAGAGAUAAAGUGCCCCUACUCUUUAAAAGACAGUGAAGCCAAUACUGUAACCACCAAAAACUUUUGUCUUACAUUUGUUGAUGAUGCACCGCAGCUCAAGAGAGAUGACGAAUAUUUUUAUCAAGUUUUAGGACAGAUGGCUGUCACAGAAUGCCAAUGGGCGGACUUUGUAGUUCUUUCGGAAAAGUGGAUAGCUGUGGAGCGCAUUUAUUUUGAUCAACAGAAGUGGGACAAUGUUAAGGCACAGUUAGAUGAUUUCUUUUUUACUACAGCUCUGCCUUACUUUGCUGCUCGCAACACUGCUGCGUUGUUAUAAUUCUGGCAAUAUAUGUUUUGUAAUGAGGUUGCAUUGAUAUGUGGAUUGAACAUUUUUCUUCAUUGUAGUGAUCUACUUUGCAGCUUGUGAGCGAUCACAACGUUGUUCUAGCAGAUUUAUCAGUUCUGUAUGUGAAGGUUGCGAAAACACCUAGUCGAAA